UCUUUUUGUCGCUCCCUCCUCUCUGUAGUGUAGUCUGUGGAGGAGUGUGGAUGGAAUCAUCAUCAUCGUCGUCGUCGUCAUCAUUAUCAUAUUCAUGGCGGUUCCAUUUGGUGUACAUGGGGGUGGUUUUGGGCAUUCUAUAUUUCCUCCAUUAUCAUCUUCUACUUCCAUUUCAAAUUCAUCAAUAUCAAUAUUUCCAUAAUAAUAAUAAUAACAAUAAUAAUAAUAAUAAUAAUAAUAAUAAUAAUAAUAAGCAAUUUCGAAAGCGCAACCCCCCUCUUCCUCUUCGCUUCCGCUCCGACGCCGAUGGUCAUGCUUCCUUCAAGAUCCUCCAGGUGGCUGAUAUGCAUUACGGGAACAAUGGAGGCACCACCCGCUGCCGAGACGUCUCGAGUUCCGACUUCCGUUAUUGCUCCGAUCUCAACUCCACUCGUUUUCUUCGCACUUUGAUCCAUUCCGAAAACCCCGAUUUCAUUGCUUUUACUGGAGAUAACAUAUUUGGCUCAAGUGCUACUGAUGCUGCUGAAUCACUGUUCCGUGCAUUCAGUCCCGCCAUGGAAUCUCGACUUCCCUGGGCAGCAGUUCUGGGAAACCACGACCAUGAAUCUACCAUGAACCGGGAAGAACUGAUGUUCUUCAUCUCUCUUAUGGAUUAUUCUCUCUCACAAACUAACCCUCAACACGAACACUUCUCUCAUAUUGACGGAUUCGGAAAUUAUAAUCUCAGAGUGUUUGGCCCUCCGGGUUCCCAUUUGGCCAACACCACUCUCCUCAAUCUAUUAUUUCUUGACACUGGAGACAGGGAGAUAGUUGAUGGAAUUCGUACUUAUGGAUGGAUUAAGGAAUCUCAACUCCAUUGGAUAUCUCAUCUUUCCCAUGAAUUUAAGGGCCAAAAGGAGGAUACUUUGAUGCCCCCAACACCUCCUGCGCUCGCGUUUUUUCAUAUUCCAAUCCCGGAAGUUCGACAGCUCUACUACAAAAAUGUUAUCGGUCAAUUUCAGGAGGCUGUGGCAUGUUCAUCAGUGAAUUCAGGAGUUCUGCAGACCUUGGUCUCGACGGGAGACGUGAAGGCUGUGUUCAUGGGCCAUGAUCACACCAAUGAUUUUUGUGGUAACCUAGAUGGGAUAUGGUUUUGCUAUGGUGGGGGCUUCGGAUACCACGGUUACGGGAAGGCUGGGUGGCCAAGGAGAGCAAGGGUCGUGUUAACAGAGCUGGGGAAAGGAGAAAGGGAUUGGAUGGGAGUGAAGAGGAUCAAGACAUGGAAGCGUCUCGAUGAUGAGAAGUUGAGCAAAAUCGAUGAGCAAGUUCUGUGGGAGUGGCAGUCAUCGUCAGGGUGAUGGUUUUCAGUUUCUUCAAACACGUAAACAUCGGCAACAAACGUUGUUGUACAUGAUGUUCUUACUGCAGUCGUUGUGUGCUGUUGUUUACACUAAUGUUGUCUUGGUGAAUGGUGAAGUCUCAGACUCGUUCUGCCAAUUUUUUUUUUUUUUGCUUGUAAUUCAAGUCAUAAGUUCUGUCUAAUAAAAAAAAAAAAAAAAAAAAAAAAAAGGAAGGUCAUUUUAAGGUCAUGCCUUGUGUUAUGUUUGGUAGAAUGGGAAAGCACGAGGAAAGACAAUAAAGGAGGGAUGUUAAAGUAGAAAAGGAGAUAUUAUUGGAAUGCAUUGUU